GGUGGGUGGCGGUGGCUGAGGGGAGGAGGGGAUGGACCCAGUCCUGGGUUGUCCGGAUGAGGGUUCGGGAAGGUUUGGCGAGUAAGGUUGCAUUCCUUGGAUCUGCACCAGUUUCCCUAACCCCGUCUCUGUCAGCUCCCCGACGUCGGGGAUUGAGACUGAAAGAGCAUCCCGGGACGGGGCCUUCCGGCCUCAAAGCAGCCUAUCCAGAGACCCGCAAAUUCUGAUCUUGAAGUUGGAGGCUCUUGGGUUAGUUCGUUUCUAAACUUUUAGAAGAAUUAGAGGAUUUGCGGCUGCCUGACCCCAACCUAGUGUGUGUGGUGCGAAGGCUCGGACAGCAUGACGACGGAGACCUUCGUGAAGGAUAUCAAGCCCGGGCUCAAGAAUCUGAACCUCAUCUUCAUUGUGCUGGAGACAGGUCGAGUGACCAAGACAAAGGACGGGCACGAGGUUCGGACCUGCAAAGUGGCAGACAAAACAGGCAGCAUCAAUAUCUCUGUCUGGGACGACGUGGGUAACCUGAUCCAGCCUGGAGACAUUAUUCGGCUCACCAAAGGGUAUGCUUCAGUGUUCAAAGGUUGUCUGACACUAUACACUGGACGUGGGGGUGAUCUUCAGAAGAUUGGAGAAUUCUGUAUGGUAUAUUCUGAGGUUCCUAACUUCAGUGAGCCAAACCCAGAGUACAGCGCCCAGCAGGCACCCAACAAGGUGGUGCAGAACGAUAGCAGCCCUCCGGCCCCCCAGCCUACCACCGGACCCCCUGCUGUUUCUCCAGCCUCCGAGAACCAGAACGGGAAUGGACUGAGUGCCCCACCAGGUCCUGGUGGUGGCCCGCACCCCCCUCACACACCCUCGCAUCCCCCCAGCACCCGAAUUACCCGAAGCCAGCCCAACCACACACCUGCCGGCCCUCCUGGCCCCUCCAGCAGCCCUGUCAGUAACGGGAAAGAAACCCGGAGGAGCAGCAAGAGAUAGCAAGACUUUCUUCCUCCCUUCCCACCACCCACCAGAACCCCAGUGUCUUGAGCACCCGGCCUUCUAGGGUGCUGGCUUUGGUGGGGUGGGGUGGGUAGGUAGUAGUAUUUUAGCCACUAACUUUCACUAGAGGGGUGUGGUGAGCAGCGGACUUACCCACCCUAAUCCCAUACUCCCUGCCUUGCCCAGCUGAAACUGCCUAUCAGCUGGGAUUCAAGGCCCCCUGCCCACCCUUCUUCCUCUUAGAAACAAGUCACAGUCUGUUUCUGGUGUGUGUGAUGUGGAAGACAAAUUGAAUCCCUCCUUCCUAAUAAACGUUACCACUCUG